AUGGGCUGGAGCGGCCACGAGUCCGGGGCACCUGAGUCUACUCGUCCUUACCCCAACUGGGACGUAGCUAAGGGCUGGAUUUCUCUCUUUGGAGCUGCCCCAGGAACCCUCAGAGCUCCAAGCUCCGGAGACGCCCCGGGCAACAGCCAGUGCCACCGUUACUCCAGGGAGCGCGCCGACAGGGAGAAUACCGUCAGGCCUGCGAAGGCGCGGCUCUGCCAGUGGCUUCUACGCCUGCCAGGCUCGAGUCUAGCUACCCCGCGCCUGGGGCCAGCUGCUGCCACCCUGGGCCCGGGUCUGGACCAGUGCCCCCCGAGUUUCGGUAGAGUUGCCUCCCGGCAGGAGCUGGGACUGAGUCCGUGUUCCAGGCGCUAUUUUCCUCGUGUCUCCCCGCGACAGACGUGGCCCUGGGCUUCCUUCGAGGGCUUCCCGGGCCAGGGUGCCUGGAGCCCCGAGCGACGGCGGCGGCCGGGCACCGGGGCGCAGGGGGUGCCGCUCUACGCGCCCACGCCGUUGCUGCAGCCGGCGCACCCGACGCGGUUCUACAUCGAGGACAUCCUGGGCCGCGGGCCUGCCGCGCCCACCCCCGCCCCCACGCUGCCGUCCCCCAACUCCUCCUUCACCAGCCUCGUGUCCUCCUACCGGACCCCGGUGUACGAGCCCACGCCGAUCCACCCCGCCUUCUCGCACCACUCCGCCGCCGCGCUGGCCGCUGCCUACGGACCCGGCGGCUUCGGGGGCCCUCUGUACCCUUUCCCGCGGACGGUGAACGACUACACGCACGCCCUGCUCCGCCACGACCCCCUGGGCAAACCCCUGCUCUGGAGCCCUUUCUUGCAGAGGCCUCUGCAUAAAAGGAAAGGCGGCCAGGUGAGGUUCUCCAACGACCAGACCAUCGAGUUGGAGAAGAAGUUUGAGACCCAGAAAUACCUCUCUCCGCCCGAGAGGAAGCGUCUGGCCAAGAUGCUGCAGCUCAGCGAGAGACAGGUUAAAACCUGGUUUCAGAAUCGACGCGCUAAAUGGAGAAGACUGAAACAGGAGAACCCUCAAAGUAAUAAAAAAGAAGAACUGGAAAGUUUGGACAAUCCCUGUGACCAGAGGCAAGACUUGCCCAGUGAGCAGAAUAAAGGUGCUUUGGAUAGCUCUCAAUGUUCACCCUCCCCAGCCUCCCAGGAAGACCUUGAAUCAGAAAUUUCAGAGGAUUCCGAUCAGGAAGUGGACAUUGAGGGCGAUAAAGGCUAUUUUAAUGCUGGAUGAUGACCACUGACAUUGGCAUGUUCAGAAAACUGGACUUGGGAAUAAUAUUGGCUACAGAAAAUCUCAAUAGACAUACUGGAAAACUAUGAGAAAGGGAAUCAAUUUUCUGGUAUUCUGGAAACCUAAAAUAUUUGGUGCACUGGCUAAGCAGCAAACUUACAUUGAAACCUUAAUUUUGACUUAAAUGGUUUUUGUACUGAUUGUAGAUUAUAUGAUGAAGGGACUCUUCACUGGUUAAAUUCACCCCCUUUUAAAAAAGGUAAAUUGUUUUUUCUAUUUAUAGAAAGUAAUUUUGAACUUUUUUGUUAAAUUUUUAAGUUAUAACUAAGGAUUUUAAUAAGAUCUUCUUGAAUGACUUUUUAAUCUGUAUCUACAUCCCACUUAAUGGAAAAGCAAAAGGGCACCCCAGAUCCAGAGGUAUGCCUUGGUAAGGGAGCCCACAUUUCAGGCAGCCUUGGAAUAUUUUAAAAGGAAACUUCCUUUACUUUUAUAUUACAUUCUUAUACUGCUGCCUUAAAUCCAGUAUGAUCUCAGAGCUCCUAUCUCGGGGAUGUGUGUGUUCUUUUUGUCAGAGAGAUAUAGUUGAUAAGAAUCUUAAAUGCUUGUUAUGCACUAUCACUUAGUACCUUCUAUGACCAAGGUGUUAAGGGAAUAGUACAGUCCAAUUCAAGCAGAGAAACUGACUCGUCGGUGACCAAAAUUAAUCACAGAUGAACUAGAAGUAGCAGGUUAAUUAAAUGUAAGUAGACUGUAGAUAUUGUGUUUUAUAUCAAACAGUGUUUAUAAUGUGUGUAUAUAUAAUUGUUCACUGUAAAAAAAAUGACCAAAAUGGUGUUUUUUAAAAUGAGUAACUUGUGUAUAAAAUAAACCCUUCGGUGGGACGACUGACCUCGA